GUCACUUGAUGACGCCUCAUUCAUCCAUCCAUCUUCCCCUCUUGAACCCUACACUAUCUCCUUCCAUCCUCAGUCCAUUCCCUUUACCAUCGCGGCAUCACUUUGCGCGGAUUUCUCAAGUGUGAGAGAACGCACGUUUCCAAUAGCUGCUACCCUACACCGACAUCGGAUCAUUAUACAUUACAAUGGGUGGUCAACCGUCUAAGCUAGUCGAGCCUACUAUGCACGAAAAGGCCGUUAUUGAGCGUCUUCGUAGCCUUCGGGUGCAGGAUGACUUUGUCGAGGUCACCAGUGACUCUGAGAAGUCUCUCGGUCCUCUGGUCCGAGAGGCCCAGGGUCUUCCAGUUCAUGUCCUGGAGUCUUGGCAGGCCGACUUCCUCAAGGAUCCCAAGAACAAGCUCGCACUCACGGCGUUGAGCAGCCAGAACCCCAAAGCGGCCCUCACUUCGUUGCCCACCGAGAUUGCCGACCAGCAGAUCUACAAUGUCAAGAUCCCCGUUGAGGGCGACCCCAUUACAAACCAGCGCUCUAGCGGACGCUGCUGGUUGUUCGCCUCUACCAACGUCUUCCGAAUCGCCUUGAUGAAGCGCUAUAGGCUUGAGAGCUUUGAGCUGUCGCAGGCCUACCUCUUCUACUGGGACAAGCUUGAGAAGUCCAACUUUUUCCUCGAGCAGAUCAUCGACACUGCUGGCGAGGACCUCGAGGGACGCCUGGUCCAGAGGCUUUUGAACGACCUGGUAUCCGAUGGCGGCCAGUGGGACAUGGUCUACAACCUCGUCGAGAAGUACGGCCUCGUCCCUCAGACCAUCUACCCGGACAGCUGGAAUGCUAUGAACUCUGGAGUCCUGAACAGCGUUGUACAGACUAAGCUCCGAGAGUUUGCCCUGAAGCUCCGAACCAUGGUCAACUCCAAGAAUGGCGUUUCUGCUGCGGCCCUCUCCUCGGCUAAGGAUAAGAUGAUGCGCGAGAUUCAACUCAUCAUGACUCUCCUUCUCGGCCCCCCUCCCAACCCCGAGGAAGCAUUUACUUGGCAGUACAAUGACAAGAAUGGCAAGGCACACCAGUUGAAGACCAACCCCAAGGACUUUGCCAAGGACAUCUACAGCCCCGACUACAAGUUUGUGACCGCCAAUGUCAUCGAUAAUCUGAUUUCUCUCGUCAACGACCCUCGCCACGACUACUUGACUCGUCUUGAGGUUUCUCGACUUGGAAACGUUGUUGGUGGCCGCGGAGUCAGCUACACCAACGUUGACAUGGACACUAUGAAGGGAGUUUGCGUCAAGAUGCUCAAGGCCGGUCUUCCCAUCUUCUUCGGCAGUGAUGUGGGACAGUUUAGUGACUCGAAGUCCGGUAUUAUGGAUCUGGAGCUCUUUAACUACGACCUGGGCUUUAACACAAGCCUGCUGGGAAUGAACAAGGCACAGAGGUUGAUGACCGGAGAGAGCUUGAUGACCCACGCGAUGGUGCUGACUGCUGUGCACAUCGACGAGGACACGGGCAAGCCUGUACGGUGGCGAGUGCAGAACAGCUGGGGCACCAGCGCAGGAGAAAAGGGUUGGUUCGUCAUGAGUGACGCAUGGAUGGACGAGUUCGUGUACCAGGUCGUGGUUGACCCGCGCUUUUGCAGCAAGGCGGUCAGAGAUGUGACCAAGAAGGAGCCCAUUGUUCUUCCUCUAUGGGAUCCCAUUGGAUCUCUGGCUUAAGAUUAUGCCUCGCAUGGAGUACAUGAGCUGGGCGACUUGCAGCAGAACCAGUUGGAAGCAUUACAGCGGUCAACUCAGUUGGGCUUCUCGGCCGAGCCGCGUCCGGUGUGAGGGACAUGAGACUCAAUGUGAAUGGACGCUUGGGCGCAAAUGGAAGCACCAAGGAAUGCGGGUCGUUGGAUAUUGACGAUGUAUGAUGCAGCAUGGGCUGAUUUGCGGAGCAAGACGAUUGCGAGCAGAGGGGGCGUGCGAGAUCCCGCAGCCUCACGGACAACGAGAGUGACGCUUUCUUACGCUACGUUAGCAAUAUGAAUGAUAUUUUCUACUUCCUU